GAGAGAGAGGCUGCAUCUGCCUGUGACACCGAGAUGUUCAUGAUCAUUCGAGAGCCGUCCGCCACAGGAGGCGGUCCUGCAGCGAUGAGCGCCCCACAAGAGAGGAGCGCAAAACAGGUGCAGGCUGCCAUCAAGAAGAAGAUGCAGAAGCAGAGGAAGCGGACCAACGAGCAGGGAGGAGGAGGCGGUGGAGGAGAUCAGGCUGCUCCUCCUCAGCCUGCCCGCCGUCAGAAAUCCAGUCAGGUCUCUCAGAUGACCCUGACGACAGAGGACAGAGAGUCGCUGGAGGAGAGGCUGGAGGAGAUGAUGGAGGGUCGACAGAGGAGAGAGAAGGACAAAGAGAAGGUGGCGGAGCACGUCGACCUGCUGCCCAUAGUGGACUCUGUGUUUGGACAGGACCGAGAGCUGAGACCAGAAGAGCUUGAUGAGCUGCGUGAGGCAUUUGUGGAGUUUGACAAGAAUAAAGACGGCUACAUCAGUCAUAAAGACCUGGGCGAGUGCAUGAGGACCAUGGGAUACAUGCCCACAGAGAUGGAGCUCAUCGAGCUGAGCCAGCAGAUCUGUGGAGGUAAAGUGGACUUUGAAGACUUUGUGGAGCUGAUGGGACCUAAGAUGCUGGCAGAGACAGCAGACAUGAUUGGAGUCAAAGAACUGCGAGAUGCAUUCAAAGAGUUCGACUCUAACGGUGAUGGCCAGAUCAGUUUAAUGGAGCUGCGUGAGGCCAUGAAGAAGCUGAUGGGAGAACAGGUGACCAACAGAGAGAUCAACGAGAUCCUCCAAGAUGUCGACCUCAACGGAGAUGGUCUGGUGGACUUUGAGGAGUUUGUGCGAAUGAUGUCCCGCUGACAUGUUCAGCUGCCCACAUGUCCGACGGAGAGACAACCAUUAUGCAACUGCUGGAAGAGAGAACAUGCACGACAUGUGCACAUUCUUCAUCUGCUCUCAAGAGUAUUGCAUCUAAAACUAUAUUUUUAUAUGGAAUAAAGGAAAAAAAACUGCACAAACAUUUAGCAUUAUAGCAGCUGU